AUGACUACGGCGACUACGGAAGAGACAAAGAAUGUCCCGCAGGACGUCAAAGAACCGGCAAAGGACGGCGCCGACACCGUAGCCGAGACCAACAACAAACCGACGGAGAACAACGACAAGAAACCGGCGGUGGCGGAGAAGGACGACAAGGUAGCGACGCCCGCCGCUCCUGUCGAACCACCGCAGCCGAAGUUCACCGUGAAGAAGCAGAACUUCGAAAAGGACGUCGUGUACCUGUAUCAGUUCUCGCGCACUCCCGUCAUCCCGUCCAUGUCACCGUACUGCCUCAAGGUGGAGACAUGGCUCAGGCUGGCUGGACUCAAAUACGAGAAUGUUGACCAUAAAAUGAAGCACCGUUCCAAAAAAGGACAAUUGCCAUUUAUUGAAUUGAAUGGCGAAGAAAUUGCUGAUAGUACUCUAAUUAUUAAAGAGCUUAGUCAGAAAUUUGGCAAAGACAUUGAUGCCGCAUUGAGCCAAGAUCAACGUAACAUAUCACAUGCUAUGGUAUCGAUGAUUGAAAAUAAACUUGUUUGGGUGAUAACAUGGUGGAAGACAAAAACUCCAGAAAAUGUUAUCAAAGGAUACAAAGUGAACUUGCAACAUGCGCUUGGCACAUGGGUUCCAAAUGGAGUUCUUAAUUUCUUGUUCAAGCACAGUUAUAGCCGAAAGGGAUUAAAAAAAGUUAAAGCUCAAGGAAUUGGAGUUCAUAAGCCCGAAGAGAUUUUGGAAUUUGGACAAAAUGAUCUUAAAGUUUUAUCUGAUGUUCUAGGCGACAAAUUGUAUUUCUUUGGAAAUGAACCCUCAAUUCUGGACGUAGUGGCUUUUGCAAACUUGGCACAAUUGUUCUUUUUAGACAAAGAUGUUGAAUGCCAAUUACGAGACUAUUUAGUGGACAAUUUUGGAAAUUUAGUGGAGCACACAAACCGCAUCAAGGAACGGUGUUUCCCUGACUGGGAAGACAUGUGUAAGAAUCUAGACUUGAACAGCCACUUGCCAAAACCACCGCCAGUUGAAGAAAAGCCUAAGGAAGAUGGAGACAAGAAGGCCGCAGAAAACAAGAAUACUGAAAAAGAUGCUAAGGAACCAUCUGAUGAAAAAGGUGAUGGAAAAAAGGAAGGAGAGAAAGAACCAGAAGACAAAUGA